UUUUAUUUUAAAACAAAGAAAUGGAGAAAGCUUUUGAAAUUCAGAGGCAAGCUAGAGAUAAUGCUAAAACAAUACAUUCGUAUCUCACCGACUUACAGAACUGGGAGACAGAAAUGAAACGCAAAGAGGCUGCUAUAAACGGGGAAUUCGAACAGGUUUUGCCCCCUGUACGAAGUAAACAGAAAAGAGAGAAACAGGGACUCAGAAAGAAAAGAGCCGACAGAAUCACAUCAUCGGAUUACGGAGCUUGGGAAAAAUUUGAUGUUGAAAAAGCAUGCGUAGAAGUUGAUAUGGCUGACAUAGGACCGGUGUCAUUGGACAGUAAAAAAAGCAUGGACGCAAAAAAAGAAAAGUUAAGAGAGGAAGCACAAUAUGAGAAGAAUAGGGGCAAUACAUUUGUGAAACGGGAGAAAUGGGACGAGGCUAUAGUGUGCUACAACCGGGCCAUAGAGCUGGUGAAGGACGACGCAAUUUAUUACGCGAACAGAGCACUAUGUCACUUAAUGAAAGACAGCCUCCACCAAGCCAUAUCAGACUGCAACGAAGCUCUGAAACUGGAUCCUAACUAUGUUAAAGCAUAUCAGCGGAGAGCAUCUGCGAGUGAGAAGCUGGGCUCGCUCCGAGCUGCCUCACAGGACCUACAGGAGGUUAUCCGACUGGAACCGCACAAUAACGCUGCUAGGAAACAGCUGGAGGACAUAAAGAAACGAAUGGGAACUAAGGGAAUGAAAUCUAAGUCGUCACCUAUAUCGGAGUCCAAAUCGUUCAUACCACCUAACAAUUACAAGCCAAAGAUCAUAGAAUUGCCCGAUGAACCGAGUAAGGAAGAGAGAGAGUUGGAGAAGUGGAAAGACGGUGUUGGAGAGGAUAUAAAUGUUAUCAAACCUGUGAAGAAACCACCGCAUUUGAGGUCCAAGAGAGCACUAAAGAAUGUGCCAAUACAAGAGAUACCUUUAGGCAGAAUCGACAAGAAUACAACCGAGACUGACAAAACUGUGGAGGAAGUUAACUCAAAACUGACCGAACUUUGCAAACCUGACCCCCCGGAGUCAAACAAACUGCUGUCAGAUGUUCUGACCACGGAAAAAGUGGAAAAUCUGACUGCCCCCCACAAUAGCGUCCAGUUCACGUCAGAAUGGAAGUACUUAAAGAAUAAGAUAGGCGCCAGAGGCGAUUAUUUAAGUAUAAUAGACCCAGAGAAGCUACCGGCGAUUUUCGCUAACGCCCUAGAAAGUGACAUACUGUCGGAAAUACUGCAAACUCUACACCAAGAUAUACAGAAGUUCACUAAAAAGUCGGUGUCAGAGUACCUCCUUGCUCUCAGUAAAGUGAAGAGGUUUUCAACGCUCACACUGUUCUUAACUAGGGAUGAUAAAGAGAUAAUCAGAAAACUAUUGGUCCACUGCGAGAAAGAAGAAAAACUGACGACGGGCGAAAUAGCUGAACUGAUGGAGUUGUAUGAAGUUUAAAUGUAAUAGGCCAAGAAUUAUUUAAAUAUUCAGUCAUAUUUUAUAUGUAAUCGAUUGUACUGUC